GCUACCCGGGAGUUAUUACAAUGCCUGAGCCGGCCAAGUCUGCUCCUGCGCCUAAAAAGGGCUCCAAGAAAGCUGUUACCAAGACGCAGAAGAAGGGUGACAAGAAGCGAAAGAAGAGCCGCAAGGAGAGUUACUCUAUCUACGUGUACAAGGUGCUGAAGCAGGUGCACCCCGACACGGGCAUCUCCUCCAAGGCCAUGGGCAUCAUGAACUCCUUCGUCAACGACAUCUUCGAGCGCAUCGCCGGUGAAGCCUCCCGCCUGGCACACUACAACAAGCGUUCCACCAUCACUUCUCGGGAGAUCCAGACGGCCGUGCGGCUCCUGCUGCCGGGUGAGCUGGCCAAGCACGCAGUCUCUGAGGGCACCAAGGCUGUAACUAAAUAUACCAGCUCCAAGUAGAAAAUCACAAACCGACAGUUUUAACCCAAAGGCUCUUUUAAGAGCCACCAAUUUUUUCAAGUAGAAGGGCUGAAUUGCUGGUUUGGGGAGAUAAAUAAGUAACCUGAUGAUUUGCAUAUCCCCGUGAAGUGCUUGGUUUUUUUCAGAUAACUGAAUUGAAACUAUUUAAUUUUUGGAGGUAGAGAAAUUUUGAUUUGCAGCCUGCAUCCAGCAUAAAGGGUUGGCUGUUUAAAAUGAGCACGUAAUACUAGCUGGUUUUGAAUGUGACUAGAAAGCAGUGGCAACUGUGCCCCAGUGUUUUGGUAGCUCGCUUGGUUUUCAGAACUUGGGAGUCCCGUUGAGAAGGUAGGUGGACUUUUUAUUUUCGAAGAGCUUGAAUUCCUCUUCCUUACUACGUCCGGUAGAAAAUUCUGUUGUUAAGAACUUGCACUAUACCUGUAAAACAAUUAAAAACCAUUUAUGGCUCUUUCAGUCAAUAAUAAAUCAUUUGAAAGCAA